AUGGUUAUUAAAAUUUCUACUGGAGACGAUGAAAGUAUUAGCUUUGAUGCCGAGAAUCCUCCUCUGGGCCUGAAGUUUGAUGAGCUAUUAAAGGCUCUGGAGGCUGGGGAUGUCCCUGCACUGGUACAAUACAAGAUAGCACACGGAUACAGAAGGCAUCCCAAGCUUGCCAUGAAAAUACUUGAGCAACUGAGUAGAGUUGAUGACAAAGACUACAACACCCUCCUACUUCUUCUUGCAUGCAGGCUUCAGGCCGGGAUGGAUGGAAUCGAUGUAGUGCAGAGGAUGGAGUUCUAUGAGUCUCCUAUGCUUGAUAUUCUCAAAGGAUUUGUCUCUUUGAAGAAGAAGAGCUAUGACAGUGCAUUGUUUCUCUUUGGAAAAGCGAGGUUUGCUCUUGGAAUCCAAAUAUGCAACUACUAUCUUGGAAACAUUGGGGAGGCCAAGAAGUUUGAUAGCAAAGUUUUGAGGGGAUAUUGCCUUCUAAAGGAGGCUAGAGAUAAUGAAGAGCUUGGAGAGAUUGAACGAUUAUUUAGGGAUGCAAACAAGAAAGACCUUCUGUUUGGACUUGGGCUUGGGGAUGAAUAUGAAGACGAGGGGAAUAUUGACGUGAAGAUGAGGCUAGUGGGAGAGCUUGUAGAUAGAGAAGAGUUUCCAAGGGCACACGAGAUGAUGGAAACCAUGCCGAAUAAUGCAGAAAUUUUAUAUCUAAGAGGAAAGAUAGAGCACAAGAAAAGGGACUUUGAGGCUGCCAAGAAGUAUUACAUGGAAAGCCUUGGAUGUGACAGGAAUUUCAUUAAAAGUGAGUACAAUCUUCAGAGAAUAGUUCAGGAUAAGAUGGGGAAUGGAAGCUAUAGAUGCAGUGAGUUUUCCGACUUCAAGGCCUAUCUUGAUCUCAAAAACAAAUCUACCGAUAUGAAUCUGGAAGGAUGCAGUGAGGACUUUCGAAAUGCAGUCCUGGCUGUACUUGGAGAGAAUACAAAAAGAGUAGAUACUUUGGUAAGAAGAUACAUGAGGCUUAUAGGGAAUCCAUGGAUCGAAAACUUUGUAGUUAUGAAUAAUAUAGGAUACUCUUUAUGCAGAUACUUGAGACCAUUUGAAGAGUAUGAGGAAAGACAGGAAGGGAACGAUAGGUUUCUUAUUGGAUCGAUUGGCAUAGAUAGAGAAGAUAACAAGUGCUUAGUUGAUGGGGAGAUGAUUGAGGAUAGAGUAAAAGAGGCAGAGAAGUACCUGAGAAGGGCACUGGAUGAGUGUCCUGAUGAAUACAAGGAGGUUAUAAGAUACAAUCUUGGAUAUGUAACGGAGGAUAGAGGGUUACUGGCGGAGCUGUCAUUAGAAGAAUCAAGGAGACUUCUGUCGGUUGAAGGGGAAGAGGCGUCCUCUAUUCCUAACGAACUCGAGUUAUUAGGAUUCUACCACAUGAGAAGAAAAGAGUUUAAGCUAGCAAAGAAGAUAUUCCAGAAAUUGGACACGUUGUACAGCAGUAUUGGGCUUGGAAACAUAUACAUUAGAAGUUUUUGUAAAGACAGGGAUAGCUCUGCAUUGGGAAAGGCAAUGAAAGCAUUUGCAAAAGGGAUGAGGUCCUACUAUUGCGGAAAUGGAAUUGGGAUAUGUCUUGCGCUAAAGGGGAGGCUUGAAGAGGCUAUCAACAUUUUUAAUAACGUGACAAUUGACUGGGUGGGUGGAUAUGUGAAUCUUGGGAACACUCUGAUUCUUUGUAAAAGAUAUAGAGAGGCCAUGGAUGUUUUUUCGAAGAUCUCCUCGAUGAGAUACUCGCGCCAGAUGCUUGAAAAACUUUGCAGAAUUGUUAAUGAGGUUGACGGAUAUAGAUUGUGUGUGGAUGCCGGGAUACCUGGUGCCAAAGAAAAACUAUUUGAGCUUCUUGUUGAACAAAGCCGUUUUGAGGAGGCGGAGAAGCUGAGAGUCGUGGACCAAAGACUCAUGAAGAUGUAUGAUGAAAAAAAGGAAGAGGAGAAGAAGAGGAAGGAGGAGUUAAGGAGAAAGGCUGAGGAGAUGAGGGAGUAUAGAAAGAGAAGAAGAUGA